AUGGAAACCUCCACUCCCCUAUCUGAGGCCCAAAGGGUCGCGCUUGAUAAGCUGACCGCAUCUUUGGGUCCAGAGUACGUGGAGUUCCUUGUUUCACAAGGUCCUGAAGUGCUUAAUGCACGUGUUGAAAGCUUCAUGCAGUAUGAAGCGACUCUUUUAGGGCAGGUCCAAGACCAAAUAGCGUCGGCUACGCCUACACGCUACGUGUCUGUACCAGACGAAGAGGCUAAGCCUCGUCCACUUAGAGUGGAAGUAAAAGACUACUCCGGUAAGGAGGGUGAGAACCUCAUCCUCUGGAUCCGUGAGAUUGAGAUGGCCAUGAGAUCAGGCCUGAUCACGCUUGGCCAUCAACAGGUCUCGCUGGCUAUCUCGAAGCUCGAUGGAAGAGCUAGAGAAUGGGCCUUGACGUGUAGCACGUCGGUGGACAUAGCGUUUCCCACAUGUGAGUCGCUCAAGUCACAAUCGGUACAGGUGUUCUCACCACCUAACCAGGCUUACCGCGUGCGGGUCACGCUUUCUAUCUACUCGCCAGGGUAA